AUGUCAUUAACAUCACCGUCAUCAACACGCACGACCCUAUCGUCUGUCCCGUUCUCCUUCAACGCCCUUUCGUCAACCUCCAAUAUCUUCCCUGACUCGACAUCUUUAAUCCGCCCCCUUUCCAUAAUCCGAUGCCCAUCUUCCUUCCGACUUUCUACUCGCCCUUCUUCGCGGACGCCCUCCGCCACGCAAAAUCAAAACCAAAAUCAAAAUCGUAACGACCUUUUAUGCCACAUACCCCUCUUCAGCCAUUUACCAGCAUCUCGAAUCGAAAAUGCGAAUCGUGUUCUCAUGUCCUUCUACCCCUCCCAUCCUCCAUUGUCCGUCGAUCCUCUCUUCUACGACCGUCCUUCAGGUGCAAUCGCCUGCUCAGCUCCGGCGAUGCUCGAAGUACGACCGUACCCACGUCGCAGCCAUACCGCACCUCUGCUCAACCAGACCCUUACCCCUUUGACUUUUCUUCUCUUCGACUCUACUGGAAAUUGA